AUGACCUAUUUAUUAUACACAUAUUUAUUCAUACGAGGGUUACAUGACAGACAAGAGGUCCUGAACGCCAGACUGGAAGUGUUAAAAUACCUGAAAAAUCAACAGAAUGAUAUAAUAGAUUCCUCACAUCCUACAGAAGCUGGUGUUCUUCAAUCAGGAUGUGGUGUUGGUUGUCUCCCGUUUAUGGAGAAAUUGCAAGAUUGUUAUGGAAAUUUGGAUGUGGAGGCAGUUGGGCUAAAAGGUACUGGUUGGUUUACUACAGAUCCGUGUGAAAUAACUAAUAAAUUUGGUGGACAGUGGAAGACUAUAGAUUUUAAAGCCGGUGACGCCACGAUAUUUACAAUGAGAUGGCAGCCAGCAGACGAUCCAGUUGAUUCUAGAUAUAUUGGUGAUUGUAAAAGAGAUAGUACUAGGUUUGGUUUAUACAGUUCAGAUUGUAAACAAACUGAAACUGUUAAUACUAUAGAAAACUAUAAAAUAAAAUGGGGGUUGAAUUGA